AGAGAGAGAGAGAGCGAUUAGUCGGUUUCCUGCUCCAAGUGAACGCUUUAGAAAGUCCAGCGUCACCUUCUUGUGUUCCCCUUCUCUUUCUCUUUUCCUCGUGACGCAUUUUAUAAGGCCCAAAAGGAGCAGCACUCCACCCAACUGCAGCCCUCAUUCUUUCUGCAAAGUAGAAGCAUAAUAUCUUUUGAUUUAAAGUUCCUUAUCUUUUUGUUUCCUUCAUUCACUGUUUAAUUCUUCAUGGCAACUCCUGCUCCUGGUGUUGGCAAUGGUCCUGUUGCUACUACGACGACUAAUACCACGAACACCGAAAACUCUGGCAGCAACAACAGCGCUCCAGCUGCUGCUGUCAGUAAUAGUAGCAACGAAGCAACAACUCCAAAGCAAGCGCCGGCAACAGCAGCACAGGGCGCCACUGCUUCUUCUACUACUGCUACCGGUGCCACCACUACUAUUACUGGCAAUAAUUACAACAACACUAAUAGCAACGCAGCAGCAGUAGGUUUAACGACGCCCACUUCACCGCCUUACCCUCCCUAUGGGUACAUGGAUCCUGCCCAUUACGAUCGACAUCACCAUCCAAACGGUGGCGGUGCUGGUGGUUUCGACGAAGCAGCUUCUUCUUAUACAUACGUGUAUCCACUGAGUCCACAGUUCUCGGUGCAAUACUAUUCCGACCUAGCAGGCUAUCAAAGUUACCCCGGCUCGCCUGCAUUACAUCCACAGUCGCCGCCCGUCAAUCCUACAAGCCCUCCUUUCAGUCCGACUUUCCAGUAUCAGCACCAUCACCACCAUCAGCAACCGUCUUCUGCUGGAGGAAUCACCCUAUCGCCUCCGACGCAUGCGUAUGUGCUUCCACCCCAUCAUCAACAACACCAUCAUUUUCCGCCCUUGCACAUUUCUUCGCCUGUAUUGACCGGCACGGCCUCAGUACCUGGAUCCCCGCCCCAUCAAUAUAUUCAACCAUUACCUGGUUCGUACAGUCUGUCAACCGAUCAGCGUCAUCAUAAGCGACACCAUUCGCCGCCGCAGCAGCAUGAGAUCCCAGAUCACCCAGUCAAUUAUCACUCGCAUAAUAUCUAUGUGCGUGGUUUGUCUUCUACAACCACGGAUGAAUCCUUUAUGGAACUUUGCCGAGUAUACGGCAAGAUCAGCUCGUCCAAAGCAAUUAUUGAUCAAAAGACGGGUGAAUGCAAAGGAUAUGGAUUUACCAUGUACGAGAAUGCGGACGAUUGUCAUUUGGCCAUUGAUGGUUUAAACAAGGCAGGGUUACAAGCAUCAUUUGCUCGGGUUGGACAGGAGUCGUUUAGUUCGCGUUUGAGAAGCUUACAAGAUGAAACAUCCACUAAUAUAUACAUCUCAAACCUUCCAUUGGACAUGACAGAACAGAAAUUGGAAGAUCUAUUCGAGCCACACAAGACUAUCUCAAACCGUAUAUUACGUGACCCACAAUCAAGCAUGAGUCGAGGUGUUGGAUUUGCACGAUUGUCGGAUCGUGCAUCGGCUACUGCUAUUAUCGAAAGGUUUAACGGUCAGACAGUGUUAGGCUCAUCAGCACCACUUCAAGUGCGAUUCGCUGAUUCGCCAGCCCAAAAGAAACUUAAAAACCAGACGGCCCGCAAGAGGAUAUUGAGACCACGUGACUUUCAACCGAUGGCAGGCUUCCCUGUCAGACCCAUGAUGCCAAUCACCCCAGAAACUAUGCUUGGCAUUGCUCCUGCUGGAUCACAACCGUAUUAUCAAGAUCAGCAACAACAGUACGUUCACUACACUACCACAUCCGUAAUAACAAACGCGGUAUCGGCUACAGCAGAGCAACACAAACAUCAACAAUACUCUUCUCCUACCGCAACCCUAGUCACAGAAGACUCAGCGACCAACACUACUACCGAACAACAAGUAAAGGCAGCAGCAGAGACAUUGGCGUCUCCACCGGAUGAUGAUAUUAAAGAUUUGGCUUCACAAGUAGAACAGAAACUUCAGAUAGCUGCUGGAAAUGGUGGUGACUCCACUAUUUCCGUGAGCCAUUAGUUGUGUGUAAAUUUAGUUAUGGACCCUUGUGUAUUUUUCUCUUCCAGAAAGAAAUAUCAUGUCGCGAAGAAAACAAAAAUAGCAAGAUUAUAACAAAAAAUAACAGUUAUCAAUGUACUAGUUGUUUACAAAAAAAUGGUGCUUCUACAGCCUAGAUUGCUCUGGGAAGGACUGGCUUGUUAAUAGGUUGUCUUGACUAAGAAGUAAAACGAGACCAGCAAGAGAGCUCAAAAGUAUAAGCAAAAUCAUG